GGUUAGAGGAAACGAGUGAUCUAAUUUGUGUGGCAAUACAAGGUCUUAUAAGAAAGGCUAUGAGUAACACAGCCCAUCCACAGGAUAGGGCAUAAAGGGAUCCGGUUUGGUUCGGCAUUUCCUUUAAGAGUAAUUUAUAAGCCUUCGGGGGUUGCAUUCCUAUUUUUGUUUAUGUACCCUAUGUUAUUACUUGCCUAAGUCUCUUUUGAGAUGUUAAUUGGAGUCUGGAUUCUUCCAGUAUGCGGAAACUGACUUUGACUGAGAUGUGUUACUAUAGGGGUAAGGUCCUCCACACGAGGUAGUUGAAUAUAUGACAGCCUGGUCUCUACUUAGAUUUUGGAUGAUAUCCAUACUAAAGUGCAUGAUCCAUAGGAAAAAAGACCAAAUUACAUGCUUAGUUGUGGGUGUUGAAACACUGAGAUAAUUCGUCUUUAGUAUUCCAGUUACUGGUUUUUCAUGACACAGGACAAGCGGUUCAAGUGGCAUAUCUCUUGUGAAAUGUUGUGUCAUGGUAUCUUGGAAAACCUGAAUGGGAAGCAUAUUUAUCGUUUUCUAUAUGAUGGGUUUUGCACUUCUACCUUGAAUGCCUUUAAGCUGGAGGCCUCUUGCAGCAGUUAUUAUCAUCAUGUUCUUUUCAAUGGAUGCGGACCUACAUGUAUUGGCAGAGGAGUUGCCCCCGUCCACAGAGAAUGGCAAUUUGGCUGAUGUUCUAUCUAGAGAGAAUUUGAUCCCGCCAGCAGUAUGUGCUUUAUGUCACACAAAUAGUGUUGCGAAUGGUGAUCAGGAACCAUCUAAUAUAUGUGGGGAUUGUAAAAUUGAAUAUUUUGAGAACCCAAUCAGAGAAUCCCGUGACAGAUUUCGCAGAGGAAGUAGAAUUAGCAGAGGAAGAUCUAGGUACAGCAGUUCUGAGUCUACAGAGAGUCGAUUCUCGCGACAUUUCUCACAAAUGAUUAAUUUGAUUAGGCAAAACCAGUCCACUGCCUAUAUGCAUGAAGAUAACUUCUCAGAUGGUGAAAGUUCUGCAAGGUUAUUGCAGCAGACAAGUACCUACACUACUCCAAGUGGCUCUAGAAGAUGGAGGCACGUGGCUUCUGAUGCAGAGAGUGAUGGUUUUGACAACAUGGAUUCUACUUAUGGGGAAAGCGACACAACUGUGGGUCUUGGUCGGUUAAUGGUAUUUCAUGGUGAGAGCGAUGGAGUUUCCUUUAGUGCGUAUGGAUGGGACUCAGACGCAUCAAUUGAUGGGCGUAACAGUAUGAUAGAUGCGGAAGUAUUCUUUCAACCAGAUGAGACCAGUAAUCCAGACAGCAAUAGUGAUACUGAUAUUGAUCCAAUGAAUGCUGGUCUCAACCACUGGAACUUGGAUGACGAAGAAGAAGAUGGAGGAGACGGGGAAGAAGACUAUGCAGAAGAAGAUGAAUGGGAAGAAACUGAUGCAGAGGAAGACAUAACUGAAUCAGCAGAGGGCCAUGGUCAGAUUCAAAAUGCUGUUAUUUCAAGUCCAGCCGAAGGCAGUGACCCUCCUGACUGGAGUCACUUGAUUGUUUUUCCCCAAGAGGGAAUGAUACGUUGGAGAAUCCGGCAAAGUAGGCAAAUAGUUCUCCGUGACGUCAUUACUGAUGUAGACGAAUCACAGUUGCCAUCAGAUGUUGGGCAUUCGGGAGAUUAUCUGGACACAAGAAGUUUCGAAGAAUUGCUCGAGUAUCUUGCAGAUAAUGAGAACUCGCGUCGAGGAGCUCCUCCUGCAGCAGUUUCUUUUGUAAAUAGUUUACCUCUCAUUGUCAUUGAUGAGGAUACUCCGAAGAAUGACGACUCAGCCUGUGCAAUCUGCAAGGAUGUCUUAACAGUUGGGACAGAAGCGAACCAGCUUCCAUGUCGUCACCUGUAUCACCCCUCCUGUAUCCUGCCAUGGUUGAAUACACGCAACUCAUGUCCCCUUUGUCGCUAUGAACUUCCAACCGACGAUAGAGACUAUGAGGAGGCUAAACAGAACAUCAGUAGGAGCAGGCAGAUUGAUGAUAGUAGUAGCUGGAGGGGAGUAAUUGACAACAAUUCCUCAGAUGGGGCUGAAGCAGAUGAAGAGCUUGAACUGGACCAAAGUAUUAUAGAGCAGGGAGACACAUCAGAUGGGUAUCCUCGUGUUGACGGUUCUCGUGGGGAGGCUGGAAGAGGCAGAUGGUUAGCCCUCGCUGCUGCUCCAAUUAUUAGCCUUGUGGGUGUGGCUCUCGUGUUGUGGUUGGGGAAUCCUCUUGCUCAGGGGAGAAGAGCAACUAACUAUCGCAACUUCUCUGAUGGGCAUUUAGGCCAGGUUCCUGCUUUUGGCGCUUCUGCAUCUAACAGAAGUGGUCGCGCAAACAGGAGAUGGUGGUUCCCUUUCUAGUGCGUUUUUGGCUGAUGAGUAACUACGCCAGUCGCUAAUCCCGUUAUCAAAGAUAUUAUUUUAAGCAGGACUCAUGUUUUGAAAUCUUUGUUCCUCUGAUUCUGAAUGUGUGCUGAUCGGACCCUUUUUUCGCGGAUUAGAGGCUCCGUGAUCGAUUGCUAAUUUCCUAGCGUGGUGAGUCGAGAAUUUUCUUGGCUAUUG